AUGGGGUUAUCAAAACAAGGAAUUGAUGCAUUAGCCACUUUAGGUGUUACUGCAUCAUAUAGAGUUAUUGCGGCAAAAAGGUGUAAAUUGUUAAAAGCACGAGAUUCAGAUCUCGAAAUGUAUUUUCAAGAACAGUUGAGAUAUGCGCAUUUUUUAAAUGUUGAUGAUUAUCACGACAUACAUGAAAAACGAGUGCCUAAUGUGACUUCACUUCAUUCAAUAAAUCAUAUGGCCACUAUUUGUGUUAAUUUAUCAAAAUAUUGUACGCCAAUUCCAUAUUGCUCACCAUUAGGAUUUAAUAUUCACAACCCCGAAUUUAUUGAUGCCAAUAUUAUAAUUUCAAAGCUUCGUACAGAAUAUAUGCAAGUUUUUGGUACAAGUUAUACUGAUCGAAAAAAAGAGUGGAAUUGUAUUCAAGAAAUAGCAAACUUAUCUGAUGACACAUUGAUUGAUAAUCUGACAAUACAUAUAUAUGAUUCAGAUAUAGCAGAACGCAAAGAAGAACGAGCUAUGAAAGAUGUUAAACUUGUUGAUUUACUUCCUUUAGAUCUUCAUUCUAUGGACGCUUAUUUAAAAGCUAUUAAUGCUUAUGCACAACAUAAAAAUAUGUUUCGGGAUGCUUUUGCUAAAUCUGUAAAUUAUCCUUACACUCGUCAACAAUUAAAACAACUAGAAGAAAUGUCUGCUGAAUUUUUAUUAUCUUUAUUUAUUGACAUACGAAAUAAAUGUGAUCAAAGUAGUAUAAUUUCUUCAAGACGGCGUCGCAAAUGUUUUUUGGCAGCAUUUAAUGCAGAAGUUGAUAUUAAAUGGUUACCAAUUGGAUAUCAUGUCUUGAAAAAACCAUUAAAAAAUAAAUUUUGUGAUGCAACAAAAUGUAGAUUGGGUCCGUUAGAACCAG